AUGGGCGUUCUGGUCGUAAAUAAAACGAUUGUUAUCCUUCUUUUUCAUCUGAAACUCGUCAAAGUCGUUAUCUCAGAAGAGCGCCACCUAUCCAAACUGUUACACGAUGUACUGCAUUCUGGAGACUACGAUAUUCCCAAGGAAAUCCAUCUCAUAAUGCAAAAAUACACAACUCGUCAACUCCGUUAUAUCACCCUCCUUCACCCUUUUCCUAUUCACGACCUGCAAGACCCUCCGAAGGUGCAGGAUCUAACAGGAUUCAUCAACCUCGAUCCUGAUACAGGUUGGGCCCACUCAAGAGAAUGUACCUACGGUCGUCUACCGCCUGAUGGAUCUUGUCUCAACCUGAUAGUCGAGGAGCCGCUGCCCAUCGAACAACUGGGGGUAGACGAAACUCGACUUCGUUCGCGGGAAGUCAUACAUUUUUUAAAUCGUUUCAGAGUCAACAUCUUCAAUCCGUCACCCACCUUUGUGUUGGAAUAA